ACUUCUGAUUAUCCUCCAACUUUUCUCCCAACAAGGAAAUAAUAAAUUCUUUUCUCCCUUGUAACCAGCCUUCUACUCAGACUAAAAUACUCAUGUAACCCAGAAACGUUAUUUGUUUCUUUCUUUCCUCUCUGUUGAUUCUUGAACUCUACGCCCAAUGAAAUGUUGAUGGGUCAAUAGAGAAGCAACGAGUAAGAAAGGGAGAAAACAAAUCAAACAGAAGACUCAUGGAAGAAGAAACAUGUGAGGCGCGUUCACAGGAUGAUAAAGCUCUUCUCGAGAAAAGCAAGAAAAGGACGGUGAAGACACAUGCUCAGGUUGAUGCUUUGGAAAAAUUUUAUGAUGAACACAAAUAUCCUACAGAAUCGUUGAAAUCGCAACUUGCCACGUCAUUAGGACUGUCAGAAAAGCAAGUUUCUGGAUGGUUUUGCCACAGAAGGUUGAAGGACAAGAGAUUAUUGAAUGGGGAACCAUCUGCAAUUGGCAGACAAGAUCGUUCAAGUGCGAUUAUACAGGAUCGUGGCCGUGGAUUUAAGCAAGAUUCCUGUGGUAGCACAAAACAGGGAGAAGAUAGAAAUUUUGACACCAAGGAAGUUAAAAGUGAAAGGUUAGUUGGCCAAGAACUUUCUGCUGCCGACCUCACGUAUGAGCUUGGUAAUCACUAUACCAGUAACUAUAAUCGUAUGAAUGAUGCAUCAUCAGGAGGUAGUUCAUCAUUACGCAAUAUGUCUUCUUGUCAUAAUGGUAACUUCUCUGAUAUGUCAAGCUCGAAAUACCUAACACCAAAGUUUCAUGGAGAUACAAAGGGUGUUAAAAUUAGGUCUGGCCCAUCAGGUUAUUUGAAAGUGAAAGGUCAGGCUGAAAACUCUGCUAUCACUGCUGUAAAAAAGCAGCUGGGAAGUCAUUACCGGGAAGAUGGUCCGCCACUUGGUAUUGAAUUUGAUCCACUUCCCCCUGGUGCAUUUGGGUCUUCAGAGCAGGAACAAAAUAAUGAACCUUAUUAUGCUGGAGAACGUGUUCUGCGGUCCAUUCCUGAUGUUUCAAAAAUCCUGAAGUAUCCUAAUUUCAAUGAGGAAUAUGAAUACAAAUACAUCGUCUCUCAUAACUCUGACAUGGAUGGAACAAAUUCUAAAAUGGCAUAUGGGUCAGAAAUUUCUGGAAGUUAUCUCCAGCAAAAGUUCAAGACGAAGACUAGUACAUCAAACCCUAGGAUUAACUUGUCAGUGCAUUUGCCUGAAGGUUCUGGAAGAUAUAUGCCAGGCUAUGAAAGUAGGGACAGUUACCGAACGAGGCCUCGACACAGUGUUGAAGUGAUGAGAAUGGAAUCUGUUUCUUGUCAUCCUAAUCUGCAAAUUAAUGGUGGGAAAGUGACUGGGGAAUGGACUGAGCCCUUGUUUAAUAAGUAUAAUGAUUUAGGCCCAAAGUUUUCCCGUGGAGGAAACAUUGAAUACCCACCUUCAAAUUUUACCAUUAAGGGAGACGAAUAUCACACUUCAGAAGACAAAGGAACGCCCAGAAGAACGAUUAUGGAUGCCAAAGUUUAUAGAGAGAGGGUAGCCAAUGAAAUUUGUGAGCCUGCUAGAGUUAAACUUCCCCCAAAGAAUGAAAUGAGUACUUCAAAAAGAGUUAGAGAUGAAUUUUCUCAGCAACUGAAUGGGAAGAAACCGUCCAUGGUAGAUACCCAACCAUGCACAUAUCAACUCCCAAGGUUUGAACUAAUACACUUCCUUACUUCGGUUGCUGGAUCUUUUUGUUUGAAGAUUUUUGGAGCAUUAUUACAUUUUUAGAUUUUCACGUGCCUAAAUUCUGUCCCUGAUUAGCCCUUUCUCUAAGCCUCAGCUGAUAUAUAAACAUGCUGCAUCUUACAUAUGUGUUACGUGUAUAUCUAAUUAUGUCCCUAUAAAAAAUACUAACACUUUGACUGAUGCGGACAUUUUUCUCUCUCUCUUCGUGAAAAAAUAAUGAAAGAAAAGCCAGGGAAUGAAAUGUGUUUGCCGGUGCCUAUAGCUACAUCAGAGAGCUAGCAUUGCAUUCAGUGAACCUCUAUGAAUAAAGCUUAGGUUGUUAGAGUGGGAGCCCAUUUGAUUAUUUAAUUUAUGUUUUAACAUGCUUCUUCACAUAUACAUUGGAUACAUUAUUCAUCAAGGACCUAGCACGUGGACAAUUUUCAUAAAAUGGGUGGUGGCUAACUCGAAUUAAGGACUUUUUGACUUUUGUUAGCCCUGAUCCCUUGUUGGGCCACUUCAUUAGAAAGCUUAAGCUCUUAGUCAAAGGAGAUAUCUAAACCUCCGUUUGGAAAGAAAUUUAUACAUGGUUUUAAACUCAAUCGAAGUUGAGCAUUAAUUUCAAUCACACAUUCAUAACUAUUACUUAUUAUUAUCCACACAUUUUGUGGGACUCACUACGUCCUCUUUAGAAACCAUUUUAUAAAUUUGCCGAACGGAGGCUAAUUAUUUAUUUUGUCUUCAACAACAUUUUUAGAUCCAGAUCAAUCUCUUUAAGAAUGUUAAAUCUUAAUGUUCAUAUAUUGUGAUCUGACUGUACCUCACAUUUUUGUUGUGUUUGAUGAUGAAUUUGGGAAACAUUUUAUUGCUUCAAAUAUAGAAAUGGAUGGGUACAUAGGUUUAGUCAAUUUCAAUACGGUGAAGAGUUUUUAUAGGCAUAUAGGAAGAGACCCCUUCCCUAAGUUCCCUUGCUCAAGCACAGCCUAAUAAACUUCAAGCAUUAAUCAGUUGGCAGAACCCCAAAAGAAGACACUGCCAUUUACCUAUUCACUGUAGGAAUAACAAACUAUUAAUAGAAACAACCAAUAGAGGAUGUUGAGAUAUUGAUUGCUACAUGAAACCAUUGAACCUCCUUAUCUAAAAGCUUAAGUUGUUAGAGAGGGGAUACAUUAUAGCAAUGAAUGUUUCAAACUAUUUCAAAAACCCAAGGGGCAAAUUUAUUUAUUAAAUUUUCUGUUCAUUGUUCCCCCUCGCAUUCAGGCCUGAUUAAUAUUUUCACCAAAGGCCUAUUCGCACAAUUUUCACUAGAAUGAUUCUAGAUGUACACUUUGGAUGAUAUUCCCACCUAUGUUGGGGGAAUCUGUGCAUUGGUGGGAAAAGUAGGGAAAAAUCAAUGGUGUAGAUUAUGCCACUUGGAAGGAUGUAACCCAUGAUGUACACCAAAGUGUACCUGUAGCAGCUUUGUUUUCACAACUGGUAUGCAACCGCAUGGACCUUUAGAAUCCCACCGACCUAGGCAUACAAAAACAUUAAAUGUAUGGUCUU